UCGCUUGUGACCUAAGUGAACAAUCCAAAGUGUGGCUCUUCUCUUGAAAUUACAGAUAAAAAAUCUCUCACCCCCAUAACGUCUUACUCAGGCAACUGAACUGAGAUAAAAAGUGAACUCAGUUGGAUGUACUUUCAGAUGGUUUUGCUCGUUCCAAGCCUUCAGUUUUAGAUAGGAAAGUGGACUACAUUCAGUAUUAAGUUCGUCUAAUAUAGGAACCAGUGGAACAAAGAUGAAUAAAAAAGUUGGAACAACUCAGAAAACGCUCACCGAGCUCAAUGACGAUUGUCUUCAUCAUAUACUGUCAUUUUUACCUGCUCUUGAUAAGCUCAUCCUCGGCAACUAUUUGGGCGAAGAUAGGCUUCACCAGGUAGUAUCAGAAAAGGAUGUGUUUUAUAUAGAAUAUUGUAUGAGACGUUUAACAGUGGAUGAGACCACGCAGAUAUUAGAACGUUUUGGAUACCAAAUCAAGAAUAUUUCCUUAGCUCUUCCUACUUAUUUCACAACUGACGAAAGAAGACCUUACUACGAGUUAAUAGAAGCGCAUUGCCGUAGCUUGCAAGCUAUUCGCUUCUUUUAUCCAGACUGGAAAUCUGAACUGGAAAUAUUUCAGAAAAUAUUAUUCGCCAACAAAUCUCUGGAAUCGAUUUCUGUACAGCGACACACUGAAGAAAGACUUGAAGACCAAAUUUUGCCAACAAUUGGAAAUAUGCAGAGCAUAAAGUAUUUAGAUUUAACAGGGGUCCCCGAUCUGGCUGGAGAAGAGAUAAGUCAAAUGACUAACUUAGUCGGGUUAAAUAUCCGUGACUGCCGUUUUAGAGAGGAAGAUUUCAUCAAACUCAUGAAUGGGAAUAAUCUGAAAUUCCUUGAUAUAUCGUAUCACCCUCUGCAGGCCGCUGCGCUUCAAGCUUUGUGUGAUACACAACAUGAAUUAGAGUAUCUGGUCAUCAGCCUAGAAGGAUACUCCAACGACUGUGCACCGAUUGGACAAUUAAAAAAGCUCAAACAACUCAUCUUAUGCGAAGUUUGCGAACCUGCAGUUAUAUCAGUUUUCCAAGGGAUUGCAAAUCAUCCUAAUAUUGAAUUGUUUGAAACACAGAGUCUUUCUUUCCAAGUAGCUAACAUCUUCCUGAGUCGUAUUGUAUCCUUGAAUAACCUGAAAUUUCUCUAUCUGCACGAACAUCACGGUCUUAACCAUAACGAUCUUCGAGCAAUUGCUUUGAAAACACCCAACUUGGAAGAGUUGAAGAUCAAUAUCCCUCGUGUUAGCGCUGACGGACUUGUUGAAUUAAUUCGGGACUUAAAGAGUCUACAGAAAUGUGAUGUGGACCAUGUUGCAAUAAGACUCAAUUUGGAUCUACUACACAGAUUUAUCGAAGCUAAAAAACAGGGAAAUCCACAACCACUUAAGAUAUACUGGGGAGGAGACAUCGACGAGGGUCUCCUUGAGUCCCCACUAUAUCUUGAUAAUUGGCAUAUAUUGGAGGUCAGCCGAGAGGAACCCUCUUACCGACAUGUGUGUUAUCACGACUUGGACAACGCUGAUAAUUCUGGAGACGAUGGACCAUUUUUUGAUAAUGCCACGCGAUUUGGGCAGCAACUCCCCAUUUACUUAAGUUAUGACCAAAUAAAUAUAACCUUUUUAUCGGAUUAGAAGAAAUAUUUGUAAACCUUGUUGUCUUUAUAUUAAAAAAUAUUUUUGGAAAUAAAUCCUAGUU